GUGAAUAUGCUGGAGAAUAUCAGUCGACUUACCGAGAUGGGGUUCAGCCCCGAGCAAGCACAAGAAGCACUCGAUAUUACUAAAGGGGACGUAUCAAGAGCAAUCGGGUACUUAUUUGGAGAUCCCAUUGAGACAGAAGCACCGGAAACCACUCAGGAGGGAAAGCAAUUGGUGAACUCACCAACUGACGAAGAAGGAGAUGAGAAAGCCGAUGACUAUAUGGGGGACACGGUCAAUGUUAAGAAUGCACAGGAUAUUCCCCAGUUUAAUGAAUAUAGACAAGUACCGGUGGAAGAAUAUGGAAGUUACCAAUAUAUCGAGGAUGACUCCAUACCAGCGCUUAACCCGCAAGUGGAAGAAGCCAAUAUGUUGGAGGAACGGUUGUAUGAGCAAACCAAGGACGAAGGGGUCCCUACUGCGAUAGUGUUGAGUAAGAAGAAAUACUUGGAGAAUUAUUUGAUCCCGGUUUUGGUAAUAUUGGGACAAAGUCAAAAGUUCUAUUCGUUGAUUAUGAUUGAUUUGGAAGAGAAACACGAUGAAGAAGAUAAAGAGAAUGGUGGCGAUAUUGAACAAGCGUAUAAUUUUUUGAAAGAGGUUCAAUAUUUACUUUACGUUAUAAAUCAUCGAGAUGGGAAACGUCAGUAUAUUAAUUUUGAUGAAUUGAUUAAGAACGUACCUAAAGAUUUCAAGCAAAAGCUUACUGAGGUUGAAACUGUUGAUGAAGUGGUAUUGAGAAUAUACGAAACACUUAAUUAUAAUUAUAAUUUAGUUGUUGGUAAAGACUCUCCAAAUUAUAAUAAGAUUGAAGAAUUAUUACAGUCGAUGGUUGAGAGUAUUGCUGAUAAUGUCAAGAGUGGAUUAUACUUAGUUGAAAUUGAUAAUGAUUCCAGAUCAUCAACGCUAUAUGGAACUUUGAAUCAGUUAUUUUGGGAAGCUAAUUUUAAAAAAUUAGGGUAUAUGCAAUACGAAAGAGUCAGUCCAGUGGUUAGUUUCCAUUUAGUUGGAGAUGGGGAUGACGACGAUAUUAAUAUGGCUGAUGAAUUACCAAGCCAACCAAUUCACUUGGAUGAAUGGUUUUACCCGCAGAUAUAUCUGAGCCAAUGUAUAUCAAGUGUAAUGGAUUUACGAGCAGAAGAAGUUAAGCAUGAAGAAGCACGUAAAAACCUGACUAGAGAGAUUUUGCAAAUGAACUUCUUCGAAGGGAAGAAGAUCGAUCAGGUUUUGAAACAAUCGUUAAAUUAUCUAGCAAAACUGGUGAAUGAAGAUAUAUAUCAAGAUUUAGAGAACUUACGGGUUAAUAUGGAAGAUGAACGGGCUAAAAAUGGGGCUAAACAAGAAGAAUCUCGAGAAUUGAUGAAUAAAACAGACAUUAGAAAUUACCAAAAUAUAGUUGACCAUUAUAAUCAACUGGGAAACCCUCCAUUAGCCAAAUACGAGCUAAAGGGAGUUAUUCUAGAUGAUUCUCGUUAUUUCUUCAAACAACAAGAUGCUUGGUUUUAUUAUGAAGCGUAUAGUAAGCAGUUUCUGAACAAUAAUAAGGUUACUGACUAUAACAUUGUGCAAAUGGAAGAUUUUGAAAAAAUUCAACGAGUAGUCUACAACCACACCACUUCCUCAAUUAACGGAUUGACCUUAAUCUACGUCGAAGACUCUAAUGCCGAUUCCAGUUUACCCCAAGUCAACUACUUGCAGACCCGAUUCGAAAACGAAGAACACAAGUUCUUGCAAAAAUAUAAAGAGUAUCAAGAAUGCAAAAGCCCGCCAAUCGAAGAAUCAUCUGAUCUUCCAUCCAACCAAUUAGUAGAUUUAUAA